AUGCCCUUUGUCUGGUGUCUUGGGUAUGUCUCAAAACUUUACGUUGCGUCAGAUCCGACUGACCGCCAUUUUGUAGCACCAUCAUCGGAGGAGCGCUUGGCGGCUUGCUGGCUCGACCUGCCACCGUCUUUCCCUGCUUCCAAGACACCCUGUUCGACAGCUACCCGUUUCUACUGCCCAAUCUCGUGUGCGCCGCCAUUGUCAUCUUUGGCUUGA